GUCCGAGCCAGGGCUCACGCUCACAGCAGCGAAAGCUCUAUCGAAUGGUUCGAAAUGUCAUCCAUAUUAUGUGCUUCGUCUCCACCUUCAAUUUCCCAAUCCUCCUGCCUGCUCCAAACACUUACUCACUCCUUUCGCUGCGAUAAACCCACUUCCCUUUCAUGGUCUUGUUCAUUUCCCAAGAUCAACAUCAGCAUAGACCCUAUCGCAAAUCGUCCCAAUCAUUCUCUGAACAAUGGUUCCUUCAUUCAAGCUGCAUGGACUCGAAGAUCGCGCAGCGAAGCUGCAAAGAAACCUAAUAGGAAAUCAUGGAAGCAGAGGACAGAUAUGUACAUGAGGCCAUUCUUAUUGAAUGUUUUCUUUUCAAAAAGAUUUAUUCAUGCCAAAGUGAUGCACCGAGGAACGAGCAAAGUCAUUUCAGUUGCCACCACCAAUGCUAAGGAUCUUCGAAACUCUCUGCCAUCCUUGACUGAUCAUAAUGCUUGCAGAGUGGUAGGAAGGCUUAUUGCUGAGCGAUCAAAGGAAGCUGAUGUGUAUGCAAUGGCUUAUGAACCAAGGAAAGAUGAAAGGAUUGAAGGUAAACUAGGCAUAGUUCUUGAUACCAUUAAAGAAAAUGGAAUCAUAUUUGUUUGAUUGACUGUAUUCGCCAUCACUUUAAGUGUCUUGUGGAUGUAUCUUUUUUUUUUUUUUGAAUGGGUGUGGAUGUAUCUUUCAAAGACUUUAUAAUGUAUAAAUUCUUAGAAGUUUUUCUGAU